UGAAGUCCUGAAAUCUGAACAAAACAAGUCCUGCUGCUGUGUCCUGCUGUCUGCCUGGUGUACACUGCCUGGACAAGGCUCAUUGCUUUUAAAAUUGCUAAUAUGAAUCAUCAAAGGAUAAACCUAAUUUUUCAGGAGCUCCUCUUAAUUUACAUCCCUAUGUGCUACCUUCUCAUUACAGUGUCAGCUCAGUCUGACAGCAGCAGCACUGUGAUGGUGGCAGGCUAUAAUGUAAGUGCGCCUGCUGGUUCGAGAGUGGUGCUGCAGUGUGUGAGCGGCCGCAUGGUGUGGACCAGGGACAGGGUGAGGGACAGGCAGAGGGUGGUCCACUGGGACCUCUACCGGCCCCAUUCAGACUAUGCCAUGGAGAGAGUGGUGGACAUGUUCUCUACAGGAGACCAGAGGAUCUACAACUCCUACAACCUUGGCCGAGUCAGCAUCAUCCCGACAGCCUUCAAGGAUGGAAACUUCUCCCUGGUCAUCAAAGAUGUGACGAUGAAUGACAAAGGUCUAUACUCUUGUAACCUUUACCAUCUCUACUGCCACCUCUACGAGACGGUCAGAGUACAACUCAACGUCACCAAAUCACGCCGUAAAGAGCAACGCUUCUGGGAUGGACAAAAGGCAGUGUACGUGGUGCUGCUUGGUAGCACUGUGGUGCUGCCAUGCAUCAACCGACGUAAUGUGUGGACAGACUGGAGCAACGUGGAGGAGGACCAGCAGGUGGUCCACUGGGACCGCCAGUCCCCAGGAGUUCGGCAUGACCACGCUGACCGCCUGGUGGACCUGUAUGCCUCCGGGGAGCAGCGUAGCUAUGGUCCUGUGUUCCUUCAGAGGAAGAUGAACAUCAGCAACGAGGCAUUCUCAGAGGGAGACUUCUCACUUACCAUAUCUGAUCUGCAGCCCACAGAUGAGGGAAUGUAUUCCUGCCACCUUCAUCAUCAUUACUGUGGGCUACAUGAGAGAAGAGUGUUCAGGGUUACAGUGGAGCCACCGGUGAUUCAGACCACCCAGCUAACUAAAGCACUGCCCAGUGAAGACAAAAACAUUACUAAGGCUGAGUCACCACGAGUCAUCAAUGUUAUUCUGCCUGACCAGAGACACCACUUUUUCUUACCCAUGGGAUACGUCCUCACAGCCUUCCUGAUCCUGACAUUCAUUAUCCUCUUCAUCAUCCUCAUCACAUGCAGACGUAGAAGCAAAGAGUUUUAUCCCCAGACCUAUAUGAUGUCCCGCAGAAGCCACAGCAGCUCAGAUGAGUUUGAGAUGGGCGUUGCUGAGGUGAAUGUAUGCAGUCAGGAGGAGAGAAGAUUUGACUACAAGAACAACCUGAUGAAAGAGAAAGUCCACAGUAGCCCUCAGCCUAAAGUCAUCGAUCUUGACAAAGAGAUGCAGAAGUUUUCUAAGUGAGAAAAUGAUGAAGGAAAAACUGAAACUGGAGUCACUGGCUGGUCCAGGGGCUACGCUCAAAGUGAAACACACUGCUUUCCUCCUGGCAGGAGAAAUGCCACAGUGUUGCAGAAAUGUAAAGCAGUAAUAAAAAACAAAGCACACUGCAAUCUUGUGUUUUCAAAAUGCCAGUAUUAGGGACAUACAUGUAAAAAAGAUUUUGUUUUCUUAUGUUGUACUUGAUCAAUUUAAAGACUGGACUGGGACCAUUGUCUGUGGCACCACAGCACCACCUGCAGCAGGGUUUUAGCCGAGGCUUGAAUGAUAAUGAGGAGAAAUGUGUACACGAGCCAAAUAAAGUUGUCUCGGUGUAGUUAUUACAACCUUAGUUAUUAUGCCACAACUUUUAAAAAAAUGUACUGAUGCUUCACUUUUCACUUUUCACUUUGUUAGUAACUUUUUACUCAUAUUUCAUCUUGGCUACCUGACUGGAUUGAAGCACCACUGAAAAGUUAUUAUCAGUGCUGGCUGCUUCCUCUCAGCUUUGAUUAACUGUAUGCUAUCUCAUAAAUGAAGCAAUGUAAAAUGUUUGAUUUAGAUGCACAGACUGUAUGUAAUUUCUGUGGAAUGGCCCUUUUUUAAAACAUGUAUUACAUUUUUUAAUGUUUCUUUUUAACAGUAAUCACCUAUUACACUUGUUAGGAAAAAAAAACUCAUUUAAUUCAAAUGGAUGUAUGGAUAUUGCAUAGUAAGUGUAAAUACUUGUGAACUGAAGAAGUGUUUGGCAUCUUUCACAGCAGACAUUUUACAUGUUACUAAAAAAAAAAAAAGGUGCCUCAGUGAGCAGUGACAGUGACACCCUGAUACUGAGGCAGCCAUCGUUCAUUUUAUUUACACCUGUGAAAAUGUCUUCAAUGAAAAUGGUCUCAGUGAUUCCACAACUAUUUUUGUCAUUCUCCCUUUGAAAUCUGCAGAAUGGGUUCCUCUUCUUAUUUUUUGAUGUGACUGAUGUGUUCGCUUAACGUUCUGACAAGUCAGAAUGUCUGCUUCAGCACCGUUGGUCUGGCAAUUCAAGUUUCACACUACAUUCCCUUGUUUUUUUACUAGCCAUAAAAAGUUACAUCCGGUAGAACUGAACUUUUUGUUCAUAAAUUUAACUCUGCAUUCUAUUUUUUACUUUUUAAUUGAUUUUUUUUCUUUGUUUUGCCUAUAAAACACACAAAUUGAGAUAGUGAUUCUACAAAAUAGCAGACUGAGCUUUAAAAACCCACGUUAUUUGGUAGAAAGUAAACUAAUCCCCAAACAUUCAAUAAUAAUACAAGGAACAUGACCUAGGUGUCCUCGUCGGUAGUCACAGCCCUGGUUGUGUCAGUCAUGUACAGACUUUGCUGCUGAUAUCUGCCUUUGUUAUUAUUCUGUGUUGCUGCACUAUCGGUACUCAUGGGUGUAUUACCUGAACAGUUUAAACUACUUUUUUUUAAUGUUUAUUUUACCAGGAAAAACCUCAUUGAGAUUAACAAUCUCUUUUGCCAAAGUGUCCUGGCCAUGAUAGUAGGUAUCAGUAUAAUUACUGUGUUUAACAGAUAAUCACACAUUAGGUCAGAAUUCAUUUAUUCAUUCCUUUGUGUCACAAAUAAACAGUCCCUGAAUUCAAGACAAAUGGCUUUUUAUACACUUUGUGAAGUUUGUUUUGUGUACUUUUUGUACAAAAUACUUGGUACUGUUAUAUACUGUACGUUCAAUCUAAAAACAGUAGAAAACCCUGGUCUGUCUUGCACUGUCAGGCGGUGUAGAAGGAAGCAGCUUGCAAUCGAUCACCUGCACACACACUCACUCACAAGGUCACCUGCAAACUGAACCCAGGACAAUAAGAAGAGUGACAACAUUUAGAAUUCUCACUGUCUCACUUUCAGACAAACACACACGCUGACAGUCAAACCGGCAUCUACACAGUCUAAGAUGAAAUUAAUUCGGUAACUAACUUUGGGGCCGCACUGUGUCUGCUUACACACAAACAUCAGCUACAGGUACUGUCGGGUCAUAAUCUGGCAGGAUAUUGGCUGGAGAGAGGACUUGCUACAGAAAGUUUGGAGUAAUGGGGUGGACUUGUGUUUGUGGCACUAAAUGCAAUGUGAAAUAAUCAACAUGUUCACGGUUGUUUCUGAGUCAAAGCAACAUAAAAAAUGAUACUUGGGACAACAAGAGACCAACCAACGGAAUAAGAAAAUACGCUCAACAAUUAACAUACUGUACAAGCUGCAGUCCGUGUCACUGGCACGUGUUCCAGUAC